GCCUCCCAAUUUAAGUGUGUCUGAGGGGGUGUCCUCGCGAAUAAGAAUUUAGGCCGUCUAGAGGUUUCUAAAGAUCUCCAGAAAAUCUCUCUCCCUGUACGCGACUACCCCCUUUAAAAAGUCAUCUAUCAACAUUAUAUCCAAUGGUAUUUCAACAUGCUUCCCCUUUUUGAUACGGUCCUACGGGCGAACAAGGAUGAAUUAGGUAUAGUACCAGCUUUGGCAAGACAUGCACCAAACUCUAUAACUAUCUCUCCUGGAUUAAAUCGUCCCCUAUCUCGUCCCGAGUCACCAAAUAAUCUUAUGCGCGUCCCGUACCAGUCUAUAGAAUCAAAUAGCAACCCCAACGUGUCUCGUGCAACAACAACAUCAAUACCUGAGUUAUCAUCUACACAGUCACGUCCGAAUCGCCCACAUGGUUGUCAGGCCCAAUUUCAGGCAGCAAAAACUCUCCUCGGCUUAAAACAUGCAAAGACUGAGGAAGGUGCUCGGGGGUUAACGCCUUGCCCGGAAAGCGCAGCCAGUAUUAGGUUAGCCGUGAAUGGCAAUUUCAACCCAUCUCUUUCCUCUUCGCCAGUGGACAACGUCUCCCAAACUCUCGGCUUUGUUUCUAUUGCCAAGAAAAGAAGCUCGUUUCGUCGGCAAGUAGGUGGACGGGGUAGGCAGGAAUACGCCGCAGGCUUGGAAUUUGAAGCUUCGAUAGUCACCAUGAAUCCGCGCAAUGACCAAGUAGACUCACCAAAGCCGAGAGCUAGAAACAGGAGCGAUGCUAGGUCAUCAGUAAAUAAGCUUAUGAACGAAGUCAACAAUGCAGUGGGAGGCGAGCCAGCUGACGAUGCCACAAAGGAGGAAUGGGAUCGCUACUUGGGCAAUUACAUAAAUGAACUGGACCAGAGAACUGGGCCGAGAUCAUGGCCUCAACUUGAAAAGGCUGAACAGUUUGUCAAGAGAAUGGGGCAAGCACCUUUUAGAAGGGUGAACUACAGUAGUGACGAGGAUGACGCGCCCAAAGCUGGCGGAUCGACAGCACCAGGCCAACAGAAAGUUCAGACUGGAAAAAGCCAUAAUAAUAAUAAGGGCACGGCUAUGAACGGCAAGCCUCGGGAAAGACGUCGCGAGACAACGGAGCCGAGAAAGAACGAGGUGCGGGCUGCUUCCAUGGGAAAGCAAGCAGCAAAGGAUCUUCAGGAAUUAGAAGACGCAAAACAGUCAAGAAGCGGCAAUGGGGUGAAAGCUUCCACAUCCAACAUUAUUCCACUAGGUCCGAGUCUGAUAACGGAUCAGGAUAGUCCGCAACAUAAGAAGAGAUGCCAGAGAGCAGUAGAAUCCCUAAUGUCGGAAUUGGGCAAGAACUGGCAGCCUCAUGCUGACGAACAAGGGCGUAGACUAGUCAGGAGGGGAGCUAACAAGAAUUGAUUAGCUAACUACUUAAAUAUAUCCAUGAGAUAUAUUUAUAUUAUGCAGCAGAGCUCUAGGGUACAUGACCUAUCAUGACAGGGAAAGGUGUAUUCUAUGCAUAUCGAAUGUUGUCUUUAGGUAGUUAUUCCAUUAAGCUACUGAGAUAUAUGUUCACAUACGUCCGAGUAGCUAUUUCUAGCAACUAUUUCUAGUGAUAACAUGGAAAAAGGUCGGAGUUACCAGAGUUCGAUAAUAUUUCAGUCUAGCAGCGGCAUUGAGUAUUGCUGUUCUCGAAAGAGUUAGCGCAAAAACUAUUUAACUACAUAGUGUACGGGCUUAGUAUUACAACUGCUCAG